AUGCACCAGCCUGUCCUAAUUGCGAACGUCCCUGCACCGUCAAACUUAGCAGACUUCAUCUCGCCAUCCGAGUUCUAUUGCACGACGAAAAAUGCCCAGACGUCGGCUAUAAGGGCCGAUGAUCCUGAGACUCAGAUUCCCCAUCUACCUCAUAGUCACCCCACCAAGGCAGUUCAGCUACGUCGUGAGCCGAAGAUCUUGGGCGUAGACCCAGUGGAGGAGCCGAAACAUCAGGCGGAACCGACCUCGUUGCUCACCGGCGAGAACCCUGGACCUGGCUCCUGGAUGGCGAUCAAAAUCGGAGAGAUCUGGGAUGGCCGAGAGGCUAUCUGGAAUAUACCAAUGACCAUGGAUAUUGACGACAAGGAGGCGCAUGUUCGCCAAGGGCUCAAUUUCGCCUACAGGAACAAUCCGAAAAUCUUUGAAGUACGGCCGGAGCACUCGAUAAUGGCUGGAGGGAUUGUGGUGGAUGUAGCUGGGGAUGGAUUCAAGCUGUUACCCAACGCCCACAUAUGUUGCUUGUAUAUCUUUGAUGGGAAAGCACAACCGAGGCGACAAAUGAAAUACCUGAAGCACCAGAUGGACAACAUCGAGAUGAAGGUGGCCACCGAGUGCAAGGAGGCUUUUGCCGAGCUGCAGACGUCGUUGAACGCGUACUCGGCCGAGUUGCCGUUGGGCUCGUCUAUGGUGCCUUUCUUGGAGUAUAAGGAAUACGCGGCGAGAGUGUUGUUCCCGAACCUGCAUAAGCACCCCGUACUCCGCGAACUUGAGGUGGACAGCACGAGGGCGGCCGCGGUGGAGAAUUCGCUGAGGGAGUUCCACAAGCUGAUUCUCAACAAGACGUUCCUCACCACCUGGGUGCGCGUCAUGGAAUCGAACAAGUACUUCCUCGGGAAAGACCGUGUCUACGUGAAAGAAAAGUGCCUGGAAGCGAAAUUCCGCGCCAUCCCCUACUCGGAACGUCCAAAGGCCGACGAUCUGGACCUUGAAUGGCGAACGGGGUUGAAUGGACGGUUACUGCUCCAAGAUGUCGACAGUACAAGCAGGGUCGAGCCAUCCGGGUGGAAGAAGAUGAACACAUUACUGCACUACCAAGUCCCCAACAACGCCGUCAUGGGGUUGAUGGCCAGGCAGAACAGCUUGUAUAAUUUGUCCCUGCUUUCCGAACGAAGCGAAAAAUCCACAAUGUCGAUCAAGAAUUCACCAACGCUAUCCCGGCCAUUUGGGACGUCAUCAUCGUCAUAUUCACGAGAACAUGAUACCCACAACAAGCUUUACCAUCUCGUGAAAACACCCGAACACGGCCCAAACGAUUCGAACGAGAAGAUGGUGUCCGAGAUCUACCUCACAAGGCUUCUGAUGAUGAAGGGCACGCUCCAAAAGUUCAUCAACGACCUGCUGGAGGCCAUCUUCUCAACCGGGGGAAAUGCUGGCGGUCUACCGUACUGCAUCAAGUACAUGUUCGACUUCAUGGACGACCAGGCCCAAGAGAACGGCAUUACGGAUCCGGAAGUGGUGCACGCGUGGAAGAGCAAUGCAUUGCCGCUGCGAUUCUGGGUGAAUUUAAUCAAGAACCCGCAUUUCUUGUUCGACAUUCCGAAACCUACCAAGGUGGAAGGCUGCCUCUCCGUCGUUGCUCAAACUCUAAUGGACGCGUGCUCUACCCAAGAUCAUCAACUGACCAAAGACAGCCCCUCCAGCAAGCUCCUCUUCGCCAAGGACAUCUACCAGUAUCGGGAUCUCGUCGAUACCUACUACACCGACAUCCAACGAAUGGGCCCAAUUCCGGAUGCUGAGAUGCAAGAUAUCCUUGCUGAAGAGAGUCGCCAGCACAAGGGUCAAUUCCACGUGUUCUCAGCCCUGAACGAACUGUACAAAUAUCUCGAUCAAUAUCGUGACGGGUUGAUCGAGGCACUCGAACAUAGUGAAGCUGCUCAGGCGGCAAGGUUGCCGGCGAGGUUACAGGACAUGCUGGCGAUGAUGGAGUCUCAACACGUGCCCGACUACGACGGCUCAACCCUUGGCCAUCAGUACAACUCGGCCAGUCGAUUGAUGGGACGCCAU